AUGGGACCGGAGGAGGGGCGCGGGAGCCACAGCAGCUCUCGCCACUCGUGCAGUGGGGAGAGGAAACAGGCUGUGUCGCAGCUCGGAACACACCACCUCGGGGCGGCGCAAGCCAGGGCGCGCCGGGGACGGAAGUGGGUGGGAGCGGUGGCCGCGCCGCGCCUUUGUUACUGCUCCGGGACCCCGCGGGCCGCCGGGAGCACCCCAUCGCAGCCGCCCGGGAAUCGGCCGCCGGCUCCCAGGUUCCCGUCGCCGCCCCCAGCAGGACCGCCCAGAGCCACAGUAAAACUGGCCCCACCUCCCGGCCUCGAGAAGGGCGCGCGGCGGCGUGUCCUAGUGUCUGCCGGCCUUAACCUACGCUGCCGUUCCCUGCCCUGGGGCCACCGCGCGGAGGGACGUUCCUCACCUUCUGGAGCUUUCCCCAGACCUCCGGGUGGCAGAAUCGCCGCUUCCCGCCGGACAGCAGCGCGGCAGCCCCGGCUUCCUAACAGCGGCACGGCCACUCCCUGCCUCUUUUCAGCGAGCGAGGAUCGGGUCCCCCCUCUCGGGAUGAUUCACUACGCUCCUUACCUGGAGGCUCGAACAAGUCCCCUCCCCUCCGCCGGCCCGCGCAGCGAUCGGGAGCUGGCGCCCUCUGCCGGGCCACCAGCGGGAGCGCCCUGGCGACAGAGCGAGGAGCAGGGCAGGGGGUCGGAACCCAGGAAGGAGCCCACCCGAGCGCAGGACACCCCGCUGGUCACUCCUUCGCGAGCUCACUCCCGCGAGGUCACUCCAUCCUGGCCGCCGUGCCCGGGCGGCGGCCAGAACCCAGGCGAAGAGGACCAGAGCUGUCCUCACGCUCCCGGGCCACUGGGCACGCCCGGAGUCCCCCACUUGCGGGCUAGCCGGGCCAGCCCGGCCCCCGGGGAUGUCCCGAAGAAACCACCAUGA